GCCGUUGGGCUGCCAGUUGCGGUCAAGCUCCUCAUCUGUGAAAGACAUGGUGGCGGUAGACGGAAUGAGGGGUUGAGCUGAGAAAAAAAAAAAAGGCCGAUAAUACGGAGAUUGGAAAAAGAUAAGGAAGAAGAAAUAGAAGAAAGAAAGAAAAGAAAUGAGGCGAGUGCUGUUGCUGGAACUUUGUUGAUUGGGUAUCGAUUGAUUUGCUUGAUGCGCUAUACGCGGGAGAUGAGAUGUCGUCGCUGGGAUGGCAGAUACGACGCAAGUGAUAUCGGAGGGAUUGAUAGCGGCGGAGGGAGAGGGAAGAAAAGAUUGGGCUCUGCAAAAUUGAUGAAUGUUUCGUCCAGCUAUUACUCCCCUUUAACCUGGUUAGAUGGCGGAGCCAGGAACAAGAGGAACAAGCAGGGGAAAUCGAAUCGACAGGGGGGGAAGCCCAAGAAGUUGCAGCAAAAGCAACAGGGAGCUCCAAAUUCGAGUGGGCAAGGGGGGCCGCUGAUUUGCUGGGCUCCAACGGAUGCUAGUCAGUUCGCAGGGCGGUGGUUUUUCUUCUUCUCUUUGGGGUUGGGUUGGGCGCCCCCUCUAAAUGAUGAGAGACUGAGAGCCGUGGGAAUAUUAAUAGCGACAGCUCAAGUCUGUGAUGAUGUCGUUCAUUCGCUGCAACGGGCACAAGAGGGAAGCGAAAGUGGAGGUUUGACAAAAAGGUUAACUCUAAUACGAAGUGUCGUUACCUGAGUGGUGGUGAAGAUUGAAAUAAAGGGGGAAAUGGGAUGGAACGCAGCUAAAAUAGAUCCAAGAAGGCAAGUUGGUUUAUUAUGUACAAC